AUGAAGGCCCAAACCAUCCUUUCCGCCCUGCUGCCGGCCAUGGCUAUGGCUGCGCCCCCAGCAGAGAAGCGCGCUGCGAAGCCUCCCGCCUUCUACCUCGCCGGCGACUCCACGACGGCGAAGCAGUCCGAGGGCGGUGGCGGCUGGGGCAACGGAUUCCUCAGCUUCCUCAAGAGCCCGGCCAAGGGCACCAACUACGGCGUCAACGGCCGCACGACGGUGGACUAUGUCAGCGGGGGCUACUGGGCAACGGUCAAGAAGGCCGUCACCGACAGCGUCAAGGACUUUGACGUCUACGUGACCAUUCAGUUCGGUCACAACGACCAAAAGCCCGAAAAGAACAUCUCCCUCGAUCAGUACCAAGCAAACCUCGGAAACCUGGCCAAGGAGAUCAAGGCCCUCGGCGCGACGCCCAUCCUCGUCACCCCCCUCACGCGCCGCAGCUUCUCCAACGGCGUCGUGACGAACAACCUCGCCAACGAGCGCGAGCGCACCAUCGCGGCGGCCACAGAGACCAAGACGACGUACAUCGACCUCAAUCUCAACAGCCGCAAGUUCGUGCAGGCGAUCGGCGAGGACAAGGCGCACUCGUACAACCUCAAGGCCGACGACAACACGCACCUGAAUGCCGAGGGCAGCGUCGUCUUCGGGCGUCUUGUGGCGGACCUGGUGCUGCAGAAGGAGACGCAGCUGGCGUCGUACUUUAACGCGAACAAGACGUUGAGCGAUGAGAUUUGGAAGGCGAUUAACAGCUCGACUGUUUGA